GUGGCAACAGAUCGUUUUGGAUCACUCAAAUCCCUUCAAUUCAACUGGAAAGCUGCAGCUUGUUGCACGCCGGCCGCAUAUGGAGAGGAAAAGCUUUCAAUCCAGAGAGGGCACCAACCAAACAGCAGGCGACAGUGGCUGAUGUUGUGACAGUUUCCCAGAGAAAAAGAAAGAGAGGGAGAGAAACCACAACACUGCAACUUGGAUAUCAGUAACCACUCUCUCUCUUUAACUCUCUCACCCACCAAAUCGACUUUGAACCUGUUUGUUUAAAUACACGGACUUUACAGCCUGCACACUUACUGUUGAUUCUGUAAGGCGGAGGGAUCGGAGUUUCUCAAUUUGGCUCAAUAUUUUUUGGAGCAACUCAGAACUUUUUGGUGUCCUCAUGGUGCCUGGCGCAGCCGAGGUGCUGAGCUUCUUUUAUCCGAGUUUUUCGGACGUGAUGUUGCGACUGUCACGGACGAUGGAGUCGGGAACUGAACCGGGGAGGUACUGAAGACAUCUCUCUCCCCCGGGAGAGUGCUCCCUCCCCCCGGGGCGAUGCGGAUCUCCUUCCUCCUUCUCACCGCCUCUCUGUGUGCCUUGGUCCUCCUCCUCGCACCUGCCUCGGAGGGCUGCGGGCCGGGGAGGGGGUACGGCAGGAGGCGGCCCCCGACCAAGCUCAUCCCGCUCGCUUACAAGCAAUUCAGCCCCAACGUCGCCGAGAAGACCCUUGGAGCCAGCGGGAGACCCGAGGGCAAAAUUACGCGCAACUCCGAGCGCUUUAAAGAACUGACCCCGAAUUACAACACAGAUAUUAUCUUCAAAGAUGAGGAGGACACGGGCGCCGACAGGCUCAUGACCCAGCGUUGUAAAGACAAGUUAAACUCUCUGGCCAUCUCUGUGAUGAACAUGUGGCCGGGUGUUAAGCUGAGAGUGACAGAGGGCUGGGAUGAGGAUGGUCAUCACUCAGAGGACUCGCUGCACUAUGAGGGACGUGCUGUCGACAUCACCACCUCAGACAGGGACAGAAAUAAGUAUGCCAUGUUGGCCCGGCUUGCUGUAGAAGCUGGAUUCGACUGGGUCUACUACGAGUCCAAAGCCCACAUUCACUGUAGCGUCAAGUCAGAACAUUCAGUGGCGGCCAAAACCGGUGGUUGCUUCUCUGGCGACGCUCAGGUUAUCCUGGAGGGCAGGGCUACAAAAGAGAUGCGCGACCUUCACCCUGGCGACCGUGUUUUGGCUUCUUCAACGUCAGAUGGUCACGGCCCUCUUCUCUACAGCCCGGUCUUAUCCUUUCUGGACCACCAGCCCAAUGUCUCAAAGAUCUUCUACAUCAUUGGCACCGAGACAGGACUUAAUAUUACUCUCACAGCUGCUCACCUAAUCUAUGUCACAGACUGCACUGGUGGGCUGAGUAAGCCAAAGUGGGAAGAGACAGCCGAAGAGCCACUUUUUGGCUCCAUACAGGGGGGCAGGCCGAGCCGGGAAGCAGGUCUGAGAACAGUUUUUGCCAGUGAUGUCCGGCCAGGACAAUGCGUACGUACUUCACAAGGGGAAGUGGGCUCACAGGCAACACUUGCAGUCGUGACCUUUGUGGAAGAACAGAGGAGCACCGGGUUGUAUGCCCCACUAACCCAACAUGGGUCCAUAGUGGUGAACGGCGUGCUGGCAUCCUGCUAUGCUGUUGUGGACAAUCACCAUUUGGCCCACUGGGUCCUGGCCCCACUGAGGUUCUUCUACAGCCUGAUGGGACCUUCAGAACCGCAGACCGACGGCCUGCACUGGUACCCUUGGCUUCUACAGAGGCUGGGGCAAAUGCUGUUGGACGCUGGACAGUUCCACCCCUGGGGGAUUGAGCAAAGGACAUAGAUAGGAGCCAAAGAGACAUGUUUCACACUGAUGACUUCAUUCACUUACCUGUAUUCAGGAGCACCAAAGCACAGAUUGAGGGACCACCAAAGACAAUUGAUUUUAUAGUUCAAAUGUGUUUCUAUUUACCUGUAUUUGCUGUACUUCACCAAACAGAUAAACAUGUAAAACUGUGCAAAAGACAAAGAGAGGGGACUGAGAAGAUUCAUUUUAUACUUUAGGUAAUUUCAAUUUCAUUCUUACCUGAAGAUUAAGAGGAAUGGGAAGACUGAGGUAUGACAGAAAGUCAAAUUUUAAACUUGAAUACCAACAGAAAUACUGACAGUAUCUCUUCUAUCCUAAAUUUUGAGUUGAACAUCUUUGUCACUAUUUUUAAGUUCCCCUCAGAGCAGCUCAGAGAUCAAAAACUGUAAUUCAAAAUGAUCAGCUUUCAUUAAAACAAAAAAACAGGUAGUGAAGUAAGGUUUCAUCAUUUCUUUGUACUGUAGUUACUGUAAUCUGUCAACAUUUAUGCAUCUUGAGAUCAACCUGGGGCUCACUGAUGUAGUUAGAAGAAAUUUAAACCUUCUGUGACCCCUUUGGUAAACACAUGAAUGAAACAAGAAGGGAAAGGAGGAAGAAAAGAGUAGCCUGGAGAAAACUAGUGACUGAACAAGGUGUGUCAUUAGGCUCUUUACGUACAUUAGGUGUUUAUACAGUUAAGUAAUGCUAAGAAAAGAAAGACACCAAAUGAACUUUAAUGUUUACUGUCGGAAUCAUCACUGCAGUAAAUCCACUGAUUCUUUACCCUUCUUUAUAGAGCCUGUACUGUAUAUUAGAAUGAAUUAUUAAAAUAUUAUGUAAUUGGACGAUGAGGGAUGAGGUUCUAUGUAUUUACUGAACGCAAUGUAGCAAUUUACUAGUGUUGCAUUAUAGCAUCACAUCUGGAAACAGCUUUGUUGGAAAACUAUUGAAUAGCAAGGAACGAUGAUGGAGACGCUUUGUGAAGUACUGAUGCAGGAUAGUUAGGUUCGAAACGGCCAUGCUGUCAAUCUGUUUUUCAAAGUAAGUCAUCUGCUUUCAGUCAACUUGAUUGUCUCAAACUGAUUAAUAUGGUUCAUUUAUACAUCUUCAUGUUUUUUUUAUUAUUAGUUAUUGUAUUUAAAAGGUUUUAAUUGUGACAUGCUUUUUUAAUUGUUAUUCGGGUUUUUAAUUUUCAGGUCAGUUGUAUCUAGAUAAGGCAUACACAACACUCAGGCUGUAUUCAACUACUGUAUUAAGCAAAAGCUAUGCAUCAUAUUAAAUAACAGAUAGUAAAUCUCUUCAAUCUUGAAUAGUAAGUUACUUGAUAGCUCUCCUUUGCAUGGUCUUUUUUGUAUUCCAUCUAUCACCUAAGACUUAAGACCUAGAUUGGCAAAGGCACAGAAAAUUUGAUUUUUUCACACUAUGGAAAGCAGAUGUGAUCGGUGGCUGAAUGAGUAUGGAUAAACAUGUUGUUCAUAGUUCACACUUACUGAGUACGCUUUGUGAAGACUGAAACAUUGCAAGUAUCUAGGAACUCCAAGUUGUUAUUCAGUAUGCCUGAUAAAAGAUUUGUCACAUAUGUAUAUUAAGCUAUUGUUGGAGAGACUAUUUAAAGAUCUAUUUUUAGAAAAAUAAUGUAAACUUUUAUUAUUUUCGCCAACCCUGUGCAUA